CUAGCCGGGAUCCCUGCACUCGGUGUCACGACGGGAGGAGACUCGGGCCGCGCUCCAGCCUCGCCCCCUCCCCGCUGGCCGUGGCGUCCUGAGCCCCCUUGCCAGCGCCCCCAGCCGCGGGGCGGUCCGCCCAGAAUCGCGCCCAACUUUUCCGCCCUGGGUUUGGGGUCUCGGACUCGGGGGCCUCCCGCCUGCCCCACUCCCGGAUCCCCUCUCCAGCCGCCUCUGGACUCGCAGCUCGCAGGGCUCCUUCCCCGCGCCCCUCCCUCCCUCUCCAGCCUUUUUGGGGAGGAGCUCUUCGCGCUCCGGAGAGUUCCCGGGGGUCACCCGCUGCGCCGCUCUCGCCUGUCCUUGUCGCCUUCACCUGGAUAUAAUUUCCGAGCGAAGCUGCCCCCAGGAUGACCACGCUGGCUGGCGCAGUGCCCAGGAUGAUGCGGCCGGGCCCGGGACAGAACUACCCCCGCAGCGGGUUCCCGCUGGAAGUAUCCACCCCGCUUGGCCAGGGCCGGGUCAACCAGCUUGGCGGGGUCUUUAUCAACGGCAGGCCGCUGCCCAACCACAUCCGCCACAAGAUCGUGGAGAUGGCCCACCACGGCAUUCGGCCCUGUGUCAUCUCGCGACAGCUGCGUGUGUCCCACGGCUGUGUUUCUAAGAUCCUGUGCAGGUACCAGGAAACAGGCUCCAUCCGUCCUGGUGCCAUUGGCGGCAGCAAGCCCAAGCAGGUAACAACUCCUGAUGUGGAGAAGAAAAUUGAGGAAUACAAAAGAGAGAAUCCGGGCAUGUUCAGCUGGGAAAUCAGAGACAAAUUACUCAAGGACGCUGUCUGUGAUCGAAACACCGUGCCCUCAGUGAGUUCCAUCAGCCGCAUCCUGAGAAGUAAAUUCGGGAAAGGCGAAGACGAAGAGGCGGACCUGGAGAGGAAGGAGGCAGAGGAAAGCGAGAAGAAGGCAAAACACAGUAUCGACGGCAUCCUGAGCGAGCGAGCCUCAGCACCCCAGUCAGAUGAAGGCUCUGACAUUGACUCUGAACCCGAUUUACCGCUAAAGAGGAAACAGCGCAGGAGCCGAACCACCUUCACGGCAGAACAGCUUGAAGAGCUGGAGCGCGCUUUCGAGAGGACCCAUUACCCUGACAUUUAUACCAGGGAGGAGCUGGCGCAGAGGGCAAAGCUCACUGAGGCACGAGUGCAGGUCUGGUUUAGCAACCGCCGUGCAAGAUGGAGGAAGCAAGCUGGGGCCAAUCAACUCAUGGCUUUCAACCAUCUCAUUCCGGGGGGAUUCCCUCCCACUGCCAUGCCGACCCUGCCAACAUACCAGCUGUCGGAGACCUCUUACCAGCCCACGUCUAUUCCACAAGCCGUGUCAGAUCCCAGCAGCACCGUUCACAGACCUCAACCACUUCCUCCAAGCACCGUACACCAAAGCACUAUUCCUUCGAACCCGGACAGCAGCUCUGCCUACUGUCUCCCCAGCACCAGGCAUGGAUUUUCCAGCUAUACAGACAGCUUUGUGCCUCCAUCGGGGCCCUCCAACCCCAUGAACCCCGCCAUUGGCAAUGGCCUUUCACCUCAGGUAAUGGGACUCCUGACCAACCAUGGUGGGGUGCCUCACCAGCCCCAGACGGAUUAUGCACUCUCGCCUCUCACUGGGGGCCUGGAACCUACUACCACGGUGUCGGCCAGCUGCAGUCAGAGACUAGAUCACAUGAAGAGCUUGGACAGUCUGCCAACAUCGCAGUCCUACUGUCCCCCCACCUAUAGCACCACAGGCUACAGUAUGGACCCCGUCACAGGCUACCAAUAUGGGCAGUAUGGUCAAAGUGCCUUUCAUUAUCUCAAGCCAGAUAUUGCAUAAGUGAGCUGUCCACUUGGACCUCAAACUGGCCCUGUUUCCUCUCUCCGCAGCCUACCCGAGAAGAAUCUUCUUGGAAAAUUAAAUAAAUAACAGAGAAACAAAUCACCCUUUGAGGGGAGGUGGAGACAAAGGAAAGGGAUUGAAUUUUCUUUCUCCAGUAGUUGGUUUCAGAUACUUCUGAACAUGUUGGACAAAAGCAGUGGAGAAGAGGAAGAUCUGGGACAAUUAAGAAACAAACGCAACACUUUAAGGCAGUGGCUUAACCCCACUACAUAUCAAAAUAUACCAACUCUUGAUUGCUGAAGAUCAAGAAGCUGAAACAUUCCAUUCUUGUGUGUGUAUGUGUGUGUAUCUGGACUGAUCUGAGCAAGCAGAAUGUUCUAAACUACCGUAGGGGAAUACUAUAAAGUAUAACAUGCUUGACGUCCAAGGCUGAUACUUCGACAACUUUAAAACUGCUCACUUAACGAAGCAGGAAUGGAGGAAUCCUUGACUUUCUACACACUGGAAAUUGAUAUCAAAAUAAUUGCCACCGUAUGUUAGGAAGCUAGACUAGAUGUAAAGGACCUCCCAAAUAAAUUAUUUGUUAUCAUAUCUUCAUUUGUAAUCUAGUUGUCAAUAAAUAUCCCGGACGCACGUCUUGCCAGUAGGAUGUGGGAUAACAGGAAGGAAAGCUUUUUUUUUUUUUUCCAGUGUUGAGAGAGGGGUGAUGUUUUCCCAAUUCACGUUUAUCUGGAAGCCAACCUGGGCAGGGAGAAGGGCGUGGUGGAGAAGAGGUGACAUGCAUUCACGUAUCUGCUUAUCAGUGUGCAAUACUGUGUACCUCACAGACGCUUUGGCCAUGACCAAGGUGAUAGAAACAAAAUCAGAACUAUAUUUUUGCAGGUGCUUUUAUUUUUGCAGCUCGUAAUUCAUUGGGAUAGACUGCAGUGAUGUUUGCUAUUUGCUGGACAACUGACACCUGGCUUGCUCCUUUUGAUUAGAGACUAUGUCACAGAAUAUGCUUUUAAAAAUGAGUACGUUUACAUUCUUCUCUUUUCUAUGAAAGACAGGGCAAGAACAGAAAUGUCCAUAUGGCUCUCGUGUACUUUUAAAUUAUACAAUGAUACCCAAUAUUAAAAGAUUAUAGGAACUGAGGUUUACAUGUGUUUGUGUGAUGACAUUUUAGAAUGUCAAUAAAUUUGUUCUUUGAAGUGUUAAGAGGAACAAGAAGGUGGGAGGCAGUGUUAUUUAUUUCUUCCUAUUCUCAGAACCAUGAAUGAGGUAGGCACAAAUCCAUUCCUGUUAGAGGCGAGAACUAUGACGUAGUCAGUUAGCAAACCUAGGCGUAGCGCUGAGUUUAGUUCCCACAGUGCACGGGGGUGGUAGAAAAGAGAAGUAGUAUCUUGUGUUGCAGCCUCAGCCAACAACAAUGUGUUGUAAAAAUGUCUUUCAUGUAAAAAGUGCAGUAAAUAUUUACUAUUUAUAAUGAA